AACAUGCAAAGCCCACGGGAUUUAAUUCAAUCGUUUGAAGCUCUAAUUUGAAUAUUUGAUCAGGGGUGGUGUUAUUGGUCAUAUCAGUUGACAAGACAGGCAGGACAUAGCUUUGGCUGGGAGACAGUAAUUAAUCGUAAACAAAAACAAACGAGUGGUAGCAAGACUAGUGCGUUUGAACAUUUGCAACACAGCUAACGACUGCUACAUUGCUAACGUUGGCUGAGGGGAAAAGCGAUUCCUUGCCGCUAGCUAUGAUGAUAGAGCUAAUAUCCAGAAAAAUACAUCUAUGCAGUAUGAAAGCUGGUUGCCUACAGACAAUUAAACCGGUAAUUUAAGUGAGGCAGUGCUAACGUUAGCCGUCUUGUCGUACGUGCAGUUAGCAAGCCAUUUCAGUUGCGAGUAGCCGACAAAUUCGUCAGGUUUGUUCGUUUUCCGUUUUACGAAGCUGGAGGGAUGGCGUCGGCGAUGGAGUCGAGCUUAAGUCCGUCUGCAGAGUCUCUAGUGCCCGCCUGCAUGUUUGCUCCAGACCGGGGAUGCGGGGAGGACGCAGCGGGCAUGGUGUGCGGAGAGGACGGCGACAAUUUCAAUGGCGAGUGCGGGGAUCACGGCGUAGAUUUAACUAGCAAGCUGGCUCUGGUCAGCCCGAACGGAGAGCAGUACGACUCGUUACUACGGCAACUACGAGAGCGCAUGGAGGAGGGCUGUGGGGAGACCAUCUACGUGCUGGGAGUGGGGUCAGACGGGGGAGAUUACGGGCUGAACGAGGGGGACAUGGAGGCGUCGGUUGCCACGGUGAGGUCGAUGAGCGAGCAGCAGGGGGCCGACCUGAUCCUGCUGCGUGAGCGGAGCGAGGCGGGGGGGCGCGUGCGCGACUACCUCAUCCGCCGCCGCGUGGGAGAGACCGACUUCCUGGAGGUCAGGGUGGCGGUGGUGGGGAACGUGGACGCCGGUAAGAGCACUCUCCUGGGCGUGCUGACGCACGGGGAGCUGGAUAACGGCCGCGGCUUCGCCCGGCAGAAGCUCUUCCGGCACAAGCACGAGAUGGAGAGCGGGAGGACCAGCAGCGUGGGCAACGACAUCCUGGGCUUCGACCGCGAGGGCCAGGUGGUCAACAAGCCCGACAGCCACGGGGGCAGUCUGGACUGGACCAAGAUCUGCGAGAAGUCCUCCAAGGUCAUCACCUUCAUCGACCUGGCGGGCCACGAGAAGUACCUGAAGACCACCGUGUUCGGCAUGACCGGGCACCUCCCCGACUUCUGCAUGCUGAUGGUGGGCAGUAACGCGGGGAUCGUGGGAAUGACUAAAGAGCACCUGGGUCUGGCUCUGGCGCUGAACGUGCCCGUGUUCGUGGUGGUGACGAAGAUCGACAUGUGUCCUGCCAACAUCCUGCAGGAGACCCUGAAGCUGUUACAGAGGUUGCUGAAGUCACCGGGCUGCAGAAAGAUCCCCGUCCUGGUCCAGAACAAAGAUGACGUCAUCGUCACCGCCUCCAACUUCAGCUCAGAGAGGAUGUGUCCAAUAUUCCAGAUCUCUAAUGUGACGGGGGAGAACAUGGAUCUGCUGAAGAUGUUCCUGAACCUGCUCUCCUCCAGAACCUCCUACAGCGACGAGGAGCCGGCCGAGUUUCAGAUCGACGACACAUACUCUGUACCGGGCGUGGGCACGGUGGUGUCAGGGACUACUUUGCGAGGACUGAUACGUCUGAACGACACCAUGCUGCUCGGCCCUGACCCGCUGGGCAACUUCCUCCCCAUCGCCGUGAAAUCCAUCCACCGCAAGAGGAUGCCGGUGAAGGAGGUGAGGGGGGGGCAGACUGCCUCCUUCGCCCUCAAGAAGAUCAAGCGCUCCUCCAUCAGGAAGGGGAUGGUGAUGGUGUCGCCGAGGCUCAGCCCACAGGCAUCAUGGGAGUUUGAGGCCGAGAUUUUGGUUCUGCACCAUCCCACCACCAUCUCGCCCCGGUACCAGGCGAUGGUGCACUGUGGGAGCAUCAGGCAGACGGCCACCAUCCUGACCAUGAACAGGGACUGCCUGCGCACGGGCGACAAGGCCAGCGUGCACUUCCGCUUCAUCAAGACGCCGGAGUACCUGCACGCCGACCAGCGGCUGGUGUUCCGCGAGGGCCGCACCAAGGCGGUGGGCACCAUCACCAAGUUGCUGCAGUCGACCAAUAACCUGCCCUCCAACGCCAAGCCCCCGCAAAUCAAGAUGCAGUCCACCAAGAAGACCCCGCCCCGCCGGGAGGAUGGAUCCACGGCAGCCAAUGAGGAGGCUCCCACGGGGAGGCCGGCCAGUCCGCACACAGCACAGGUGGCGGGGGAGGACGAGUCGGAGGUUCAGGACGGCAACAAAGAGAACAAGCCAAAGUCUGGAGGUGGGGGCAGGAGACGCGGGGGCCAGAGGCACAAGGGUAAAUCGCUGAGCGGCUCCACAGCGCCCCACACAGGCGGAGUUGGGGGCUGCUAGAUCCCCCUCCCCACAGGUCUCAGUCUAAAGCAGGACUGGGUCGAUGUCUUACGUUAAUGCCUUUGAGUUAUCAGCCCAUUCCUUCACACACAGAGUUCACAGUGGGCUGUACCAUUUCUGUUCAGAGGAGGGGAGCGUUGUGAUGACUGGUUUGAUUGGAUGAGAGGUACUGCUGGUUAGUUAUUUACCUUUUGUUUGGUUCCUCCCAUGGCCUGUACCACGCAUUAGUGAGGGGGGGUGGGGUGGUGUUUGUACAGCCCCUGCCCAACUAACACAAAACUUUCUCACAACGUUGCUGCAAUGUAGUUCACAAAACAUUAGAGCAACGUUGUGAUAAUGCUGUGAUAAUGCUGUGUGUGGUCAGGGUGUGUUCCCAUGACACCCCCGGUCUUAAACUGCUGCACCAUUCUUGGGUGGGAGAGAGACCUGGGCCAGGUGUGGAGGUUUAAGAUCCAGUGACAAGCAUCGGCAUUGUGCCACAGAGUGAGAUAUUAGGACAUGAAUCAGGAUCUGACACUAGAUAUCUCAGAUACUGCCUGCAUUGUCAGCAAUGUGAUAUUACAGUCUGCAGACAUAUCUGAUCAUAGAAGUGCUGUAUGAAGUGUAUUAGAUAUAAGGUUAUGCAGCUGAGAGACACAAUAGACCUUAUUAUUUGGGAGUUAAUUCCGCACUGGAGUACUGAUUUUAGUAACCUGCUCAGUCAAUUCAUGAUCACGUAAAUGUUACAAUUACUCUUCUCAACCCUUGUAAAUACCCCCCCCACACACACACCUCCCUCCCCUGUUGGUACAAACCAGAGUACCUGUUCCUAAUUUCUCUGCAUUAAAACCUAAUCCUGUUUCACAAGCUUUGUGGCUUUUUUACGUAAUUUCUGUUCAUAUUAAAAAAAAAAAAACAAAAGAAAAACAAGAAGCACGGAAUUUCAUUUCACUAGAAACAAACCUGGAACUCCCCGCUUUGUCCUGGCGGAAUCAGGAUGGCGUGAUUUUAGCGCGCUUGUGGAAGGAUGAGAGCGCAAACUCUGGGUCUGAAGCAGCCUGUUCAGCCUGGUUCAGCCCGGUUCAGCCUGGUUCAGCCCGGUUAAGCCUGGUUCAGCCCGGUUCAGCCUGGUUAAGUCUGGUUCAGCCCGGUUGCAUCGCUGAUGGUUCGUGGUCGUGCUGAGGAGCGUUUAGCACCUCACUCCUGGUUCUGGUGAGCCGCAGGGUGUGCAUAACAGGAACUAAUCACCCCCCCUCACCCCUAACCCAGCCCAGGUGUAGGAGUACAAAUGGGCCCUGACUGACCGUAGGGCCUGACCGUCAGGGUUAACAGCAGCUGUUUUAGUAGAAGUAUGCACAUUUAGGAAUCUAACUGCUAUUUCUGCGGGGUUAGGGACUACCUGACUACUAUACUACGUGACUAACGUUUCAGAUACUAAAACCUUUAAAAACCAGCCGAAGGUUCCUCCUCUGGGUUUAGGUGACACUCUCCAAUAGGAUGUCAGUGCUGAGAAAUUCUAAUUUUGCCAAAGUGGAUCCAUACCCUCACACUUUUCAGCAUCCAGAAGUUUUAGCCAAACGUUUGCAGACCACAGGUCAGGCAGAAGGCACAUUUCUAACAUGACGGGUAACUUGGGACGCUACUCUCUCCUCCAGAGGUGGAUAACCCAGGUUCAGGAAGUAAAAGUCCUCCCCAGGAUUUUGCUCUGAUCACCUGGAUGUUCUUCAGCCAGGAGGCAGAGCUGAUGAGUGAAAUCGGCAGGCUGAGAUCACGGGUGGAAGGAACACAGGGCAGGACUUUUACUUUCUGACCGCUGGGCUUUCCACCACUGCUUAACUGGACUCCAGGAGGAGGUUGCCUUGGCAACAACUAAUGGGGAUCCAAAUAAUCAAACAAUUCUAAGCCAUACAAACAGUGUGAGGGAUGUUAUUUUCUGAAACUAACACCAAGUCUCAGUAGAGCGAGUGUAGCUGAAGAUGACCGGAUGGAGUGUAAUGAACGAUGGGUUGCGUCCGAAAGGUCUGCGGGGUCAAAGGGCACGCCGGCUCCCCGGAUUGGGCCUCUCUCUGAACGGUGUGUGUGCUCCGCUGUGAUUGGCUCGUGCGUGUUACCCGUUUCAUCCAAUCACCUCCAUGUUAACCUUAACGUUUGAAACUAGCAACGUAGCCAAACUGUUUGGACACUGGAUAAUAAAACGUGUAAGGAACGACUAAGGAGAUCAGGGUUAAGGUGAAAGUAUUGUUAAAACCUGUGUUCAAAGCUCUGUUUUAAUUGGCAGUGUUUGGACCGUUUCUGAGAAAUAAUGUUGGUUAAGGAGUUGAAGGAAAUGAUCGCCUGCCAGUAUGUUUUCCAUCUUAGGAUUUUUAAAUUACGACAAUGCAUGAUUUUUUUUUGGACAAGAGUUCAUUGUAUGCAUAAGGGAAAAAAACAAAAAUGGCAAGAAAUGGCAUUACAUUUAAGUGGUUCAAGUUGCUGUACAUCCUUUGAAAUAAAAAGUUUAUCAAGUUCUA